UUUCUGCGUGUUUACGCGUGGUUUUGGUGGGAGAGGCAGAAACGUGGAGGGGUAGAGCUCAUAUAGAGCCAUAUCGUUUUUGUAAUUUGGACGCUGAAUUAUUACGCGUAACUCGAAAAAAUAAGAAAACUAUUGUUUUAUUCAUUUAGACAUUUAACACUUAAGUGAAUUAGGUAUUUGUAGUUGAUAUGCGUUUGUAUACAGAGUAUUGAUACUGUAUUAAAGAAUUUUUUUGAUAUUUCGCUUUCGAUCAAUCUGUUUUCAGUGAUAUUGAAUUGUUAGUGAAUGACAAUCGCCUGCAGGUGGUCCUACUAAUUUUGUAUUGAACAAAAAAAGAUUUAUUUAAAAUGUAUAUGAAAUCAAUUGUAUUUAUCACGUUGGCUUCCAUCCACCUUUCUUAUUGCACCGCGAAGGACGAUGGCAGGAUGAACGUGGUCAAGCCGACAGUCGACAGAGUAAGGGAAGUAAUACAGUCAGUUUCCGGAGUUGGUGGAUCAUAUAAUACUGAAGAGUCAAAUUCUGGGUACGUGAAUCCGGUGAAACCUGCAGUGACGGGAACAGCAGUGCCAAAUCCAGGACCAUCGACAACCACAGAACCAGUUACCACGGGUGGUUGCCCAGAGAAGCAAACGGAGACCUAUCAGCCUGACUCUUGUGGUUGUUCUUAUAGCAUAGAAAACUUUUGCCAGGGUUGAUGCUGGCAAUGUUGAUCAUUUCUUCAAAGGUCUCUGUAAAAACUUCGCCAAACACAUGAUACCAAGUUCUAUUGUAUAUGUUAUAAUAAUCAUACUGCUUUUAUAAUUUUGUCUAAACCGGAGUGCAAAAUUUGUGUCACAUUAUCCAAUAAUUAUUUUGAUUGUACAUUGAGUUCAAAUAUAUGGAACUUAU